UGUCAUGUCACUGUCAAACGUAACGUCAAAGUCACAUUUUCAAUUUAUACCGCACCGCCAUGCGGUUGUAAUAUUAGUAAAUAAUUUCAGUUUAAUGCAUUUCUAAUCAACAAAAAUGCAGCAAGCACAUCGUGCAGGAAAUCUAAAGCAGAGCAAUAAGGCUCACAAAUCACGUCAUCGUUCCAAACGCGGUAUUUCAGCGGCAGUAAAAGGUAAAGUAAAUGUGAAGGAGUUUGUAAGGCGUAAUCGUCAUAUUUUGAAGAAAGAGGAGCGUCGUCAUCAGGCUCUUCAAAUCCGGAAGAAUAAACGAGAAGAGGUACUGUCGAAGAAACGCGCUCUUGGCGGUUCUCGUAAUCCGCCGUUCUUGGUAUGUGUGGUGCCGCUGAACGCACAGUUAGAUGUCAAGUCUGCUCUUGUUAUACUGAAGACAUGUUCGGAAGGAGCCGUGGUUACUGAGUCUUCAAAAGGCAUCCUUCACAUUGGGUUACCAAACUUCAAGCAGAGGUUUUCAUUCAUAUGCCCCGAGGUGAACAAUGACUUCGCUCUACUGGAUGCUCUCAAAGUUGCAGACACUGCUCUCUUUGUCACCUCAGCACUGGACGAGCCAGUGGAUGAAUGGGGAGAGAAAGUACUAGCUUUAUCCAUGGCCCAAGGAAUGCCCACACCAAUAGUAGCUACAAUGGACAUAGAAGGUGUAAAUCCCAAAAAGCGCACAACUGAAAAACAAAAUGUACAAAAGCUUGUCUCAAAAUGGCUUCCAGAAGAAAAAGUUAUGCAGCUAGAUAAAAGUUCUGAUGGUCUGAACGUGUUACGUAGAAUCGGUAACCAGAAACGUAAUAUCAUACAUCAUAGAGAAAAGAGACCGUAUAUGUUGGCUGAAGAGGUUGAAUUUGUGGCUGACAGUGAGGGUGAACAUGGUACUCUUAAGAUUAGUGGAUACUUACGAGGUAUGCCAUUGAAUGUUAAUGGGUUAGUGCAUAUAACUGGACUGGGAGACUUCCAAAUGUCAAGGAUUGAUGGCCUAGAAGACCCUCAUCCCUUGAACUUGGGUAAGGAGAAUACAAAAUCGGAUGACACUAUGGAAGCUGAAGUUACUAAGGUCUCAGUGCUGCAAGUUGCUGAUCCGGCUAAACAAGAGAGUCUAGUCUCAGAGAAUGUUCCCAAUCCUAUGGAAGCUGAACAAACAUGGCCUACCGAGGAAGAAAUUGAACAAGCUAAUUUAGAGACUAAGUUAAAGAAAGUGAAAAAGGUUCCUAAAGGUUGGUCAGACUACCAAGCGGCUUGGAUUGUCGAAUCUGACGCUGAAGGCGACGACGACGAUGGCAGCGAGAGUGAUGGACAAGAUGAGGAUGAGGAGUUCAUGUCUUGUGAGGAAGAUGAAUCUGAUCAGGAACAGAAUGCCGAGGACAAUGACUUCGAGUCCGUAACAGAGUCAGAAGUAGGACCCACAGAUGAAAAGUAUGAUGCAACUAUAGAUGCUUAUGAAGAACACGAAAUGCUGCAGAAACUCGCAGCAGCCAAAGAAGAUCAGCAAUUCCCUGAUGAAGUAGACACUCCUCAGGAUGUACCAGCUAGGGAAAGGUUCAUGAGAUACAGGGGUUUGGAAUCGUUUAGAACUUCGCCUUGGGAUCCUAAAGAGAACUUGCCUGAAGAUUAUGCUAGGAUAUUCCAGUUUGAGAACUAUGACAGGACUAGGAGGAGGGUUUUCAAGGAGUUGGAAGAUAGCUUGAUUAAUAUGUAUGGUUUCUACAUCACAAUUCACGUGAAGGGUGUUCGCCAAGAUCUAUGGAAGGCAUUCCAGGCAUCAAACGGUGAUGCUCCUCUAGCAGUCUUCGGUCUUUUACCUCAUGAGCAUAAGAUGUCUGUCAUGAACGUAGCUCUGAAGCGCACGGGAGCCAGCGAUGAGCCAAUCAAGAGUAAAGAGAGGUUGAUCUUCCAAGUCGGGUACAGGAGGUUCAUUGUCAACCCUAUAUUCAGUCAGCACACUAAUGGUGCUAAGCAUAAGUAUGAGAGAUUCUUCCAGCCGGGAUCGACGUGCGUCGCUUCUUUCUACGCACCGAUACAGUUUAGUCCAUCUUCAGUUCUAUGUUUUAAGGAAAAGAAGAACACGAAUCUACAGCUAUUAGCUACAGGAGUAUUAUUGUCGUGUAACCCGGACAGGCUUAUAAUCAAAAGGAUUGUGCUGUCUGGUCAUCCAUACAAGGUCCAUAAGAAAUCUGCAGUUAUUAGAUUCAUGUUCUUCAACCGUGAUGACGUCAUCUACUUCAAACCUUGCAAGCUAAGGACGAAGUAUGGACGCACGGGACAUAUAAAAGAAGCUUUAGGUACUCACGGCCACAUGAAAUGUGUGUUCGACGGUCAACUAAAGUCUCAAGACACAUUGCUACUAAAUCUAUACAAACGUAUGUUCCCUAAGUGGACGUACGAAAACUGCAUUGUCACCGAUAGAGACGCUAAGGAUACUGACAUGAUGGACUAGAUCUUAACGUGUAGAAUGUAAAUAAACAUCAAAUUAUAUAA